AUGGCACCAGUCACGAGAAGAGCGGCUAGGAAGGCCUUCACUCCUUCAAUCUCGACUCCUCCAGUUUUGGAAAUACCCGAGGUUCUAGAAAUGAUUCUGCUUCAGAUAGAUAUGCGCACUCUUCUAAUAUCUUGCCAACGUGUCUGUCGAGAUUGGCGUGAUCUAAUCACUAAGUCACUAUCGAUUCAAAAACCCCUCUUCUUCACUCCAAUCAAAGAAUCCGAAUGGGGCAUGGGAGAAAAGCUACCCAAUCUGCUGCUAGCAGAGAUGUUCCCUGCUAUUUUUCCUGCCGAGGGCGAGCCACGCAAGCGCGACUUUCUUUUUUCCGAUUGCGUGAUGACCAAAGAUCCCGCAAGUUUGGAUCGGUUCGUCCAGAAAGAUGCUAGCUGGCGCAGGAUGCUCGUGCAACAGCCUCCUAUUUUAGAGCUUGGCCUUUUCCAUAUUGAUUCCGCUAGGGGUGGCGAUAGCGCUCUCUGCGUUAUUAUACCCGCGAAUCUUAUGAAGCAAAAAAAUAGAGACGAGGGCCUUCGAAUGGGAAGACUCUUCGGGAUCUUGCUAUUCGAUUCGCCUAUUCGAGUUGGAAAGUUCAAGAGUGCACGUCUAUAUUGGUUACUAGAUGAGCCGAUUGAUUUCCAUUCAAGACAAGAAUCAAAUAAAGAUGCAUUUCAUCAAAUGCUUGGUCAAGUGGGUCUGGUUCUACAUACCAAGCAAAUAAUCCAGUGCGCGAUGGGUUUCGGGCGUGGAUUUAGUGGCGUUAAGACGACUAAGAUGAAAAUUAUUGCGGCCUAUCGAGAGCAUGGCUUGGACGUUGAUUCCCAAGCAGAGGAGAUGAAAGCCCGCAGAAGGUCGGCGGAAGAAAUAGAACUGUCAGAUAUAGAUUCUGAUGAAGCCGACUCGGAAGACCUUGAUUAG